ACGUUUUUGUACAGUAACAGAGUUCGAUUGAAGCUUCGCAUCGCAUUCAUUGUUUUACAGAAGGAAGAGGGAAGAGAGAUGUGUGGGGGAGCUAGAAUCUCGGACUUCGUUCCGGCGAGCGGAGGUCGCCGCCGACUCUCCGCCAUUUCUCGGCGCUCUGAGUCCAAGAAGAGCUAUUGCGACAAGGUUACGAGUUACAGGUUUAGGUCUUUGAGCUCCGAGAUUUAUGGCCAAGAUGAAGAUUUCGAGGCUGCUUUCAGGGAAUUCAAGGACGACUCUGAUCUUGACUAUGCUGAUGUUGACAAAGAUGGAGAAGAAGAACAUGAAGAAGAAUUGGGGUUUCGCUCAUCUGGGUUUUCUCACAAAGCUCCUUUUUCUCUUGUUACUGGAGGCUCAAAAGUUGAUUCUGUGGAACCUGUUGGGUCUGUAGGUUCAAAAGUUGUCAAGUCUGUGGAACCGGCUAAGUCUGCAGUUAAAUCUGUAAAGAUGAAGAGGAAAAGCCAAUAUCGAGGAAUUAGAAUGCGGCCAUGGGGGAAAUGGGCAGCUGAAAUCAGAGACCCAAAAAAGGGGGUUAGGGUUUGGCUUGGAAGCUUUAAUACGCCUGAGGAAGCUGCAAGGGCUUAUGAUGCUGAAGCACACAAGAUAAGGGGUGAUAAGGCUAAGCUGAAUUUCCCUGAAGUUACUCAACGGACUGAUCAAGGGCUCUCCACAAAGCCAAGUUCCAAGAAAUCUCGCUCCAAGUCUAAAUCCUCUGAGAGAUUGAGUCUAAACCAUGAUAGCAACUCAGUGAAUUGUUCUGUUUUCAAAUUUCAAAGUGCUGUGGGAAUUCCUGAAGAUAAUACUUCAAUAUGGACGUUGAAGCACAUGGACUCAUUUCCUGCUACUGAGGAUGCAAUUCAGCCGAAACCAUAUGUUCCUUCUGAUGGGGGCACCGCUUGUUUUAGUUCAGAACAAGGGAGCAAUACCUUGCACUGCUCUGGUUUUGGUUGGGGAGAUUAUGAAGAGAGAAGUCCAGAGAUCUCAUCAGUAGCAUCAAACAUUGGAAAAUUUGAAGAAGCUGCAAUUGCUGGAGGCGACAACCAACCAAAGAAGAAAGUGAAGAUUGACGACACCAAGGAUGUGGUGCCGGAAGAGCUCUCUCAUUUUGAUCCCCCAAUGUCCUCACCAAUUCCUUGUUUAGAAGGUAGUUGGGAUACAAUUUUUUGGGAGCUUGAUGGAUCUCUGGAGUUUUUACGAGAAUCCUGUGUUUGAGGGCACUUGGUGAGAAAAACCCUGCUUUGUGACGGACUGACGGAUGGUGUGCGGUGUGAAUCCUUUAGAUUGGGAGAUACACAGCUCCGUCGUACACUGGCUACAGUGAAGAUGGAGGGCAUAAUAAGAGAGAAUGAGGUCGGAUUGGGAAGAACUUCACAGUUCCUGUUUUGAAGUGAAACAACUUGCAACUGUAUGUUUUACACGUUAUUACAUUACAGCUCUAUUAUUAUCUUGUGAUGGUGGGAUUUUAUUGUUA